AUGAUAUAUCCCUAUUUUCCAGGAGGCUACUACAUAAUAGAACGGAAACUCUUAAAACUGCAGAUUGUCGUGCUGAAUACAAAUUUAAUGAAACGAAACGAGAUUGAUGAAGAUGCUAACAAACAAUGGAAAUGGCUGGAGAAAGUUUUGUACAAGUUCCAGAAAAAUAUGCAAACAGUUUAUCUGGUUGGUCAUGUAGCCCCAGGAUGGGACGAACGUCAAAAGGGCCUAUUUCAUCCGGCUCACGGCGCCUACACGGACUAUCACAAUCAAAAGUACAUCGACAUUGUUCGAAACUACUCGGCCAUUAUUGUUGGUCAGUUUUUUGGACAUUUGCAUUCCGAUAGUUUUAGGGUGAUUCAUGAUAGAAAUGGAAGACCUGUAUCUUGGGCAAUGCUCGCCCCUUCUAUUACUCCAAAAAGAAAUCAUUUAGGCUCCAACAACCCCGGAAUAAGACUGUUCAAAUUCAACAAGGAUACUGGACAGAUCAUCGAUUACACCCAAUACUACCUAGACCUAACCAAAGCCAAUUUACAGUCAAAAGCUGAAUGGACGGUCGAGUACAAUUUCACUGCCUACUAUGGAAUCGGCGAAAUAACUCCGGAAACUUUGAACCAGUUAGCUAGAAAAUUUGUGAGCGACGGCCAGGAAGUUUCCAGUUUAUUUCAAAGGUAUUAUAGAGCGAAUGCAGUAAAGGUGCUACCACAUCCCCGCGACCACUGCGACCUAAGCUGCGUUCACAAUCAUUUUUGUGCCAUAACACAAACCGAUUAUAGUGAUUUUGAAGACUGUUUAAUACGGACUGCAAUGAUUAGAUCGUCCAGCAAGCAAAAUUCACUUCAUUGUAAUAAAGCUGUGUUUAUUUUUCUGAUUGUACUUUUUUGGAUGUAAAUAUCGUCGAUAUAUUUUUUUAUGUGUUUCUUCAAAAUAAGAAAAAAAUAUUUUGACAUUAAGUUUUUUGUUAGUUCAGUGCAAUUAGCAGGUUAGGUGUGUUGAUAAUCUGGAAAAUUGGAGAUAAACCGGUCAACACAAAAGCAUAACUUUUGAGUGGUUGGUUAAACAAUAGUAUAUUACAUACUGAGGUGAGAAGUACCCAUUUCAUUACUGUCGAGAGAUUAGUUAGUUUACUGAGACGCGAAGCGUCGAAGUUAACUAUAAUCUCGAGACAGGAAUGAAACACUUCCCACCUUGGUAUGUAAUAUGCAAUUAUUUUGAACCAUACAUGUAAUUUUCACAUUUCCUACUGGUUUGAAGGUUCGAAAAUGUCACCUUACGUUUGCUUACUUUAAAGCAGGCCGAAAGUGAGAGUUCUUCUGUCACUUUCGGCCUGGAAAUGUCACUUUCGGCCUGAUAAAUUGUUCUUUCACACCUAAACACAAAUCCAGGUGCAAUAUUUGUGUUUAGAAGCAGAUACC